AUGGUCAGUUUAAACGUCCUACCGAGAGAACAUUCCCAGAAUAUUGCUCCGGUGAGUGAUAGUGUUGCCGACGACACUGGAUUAUCAAUUCGACGUCGUUCGCUGAGUCAGGGUCUUUCUUGUGGCUCUCUUCGGGGCAUUUUGCGUAGGGAUCAAGUGAAGCCCAGAUACCAUGGCCAGCGAAGAAUUUACGCUGAUUGGGUCCUUCAGCAGCAGGAAGUUGAUACUAAUUUUUCAAUUUUCAUCUGCGGUGGUCGCAUAUGUUCUUUCUCUCCUUGCAUUGAGCAAGUACAGAAGACAUGUCUGGAACUCCGAGCCUCGGGUUUCGUGGAGCUGACUACGAUGGAAUGCCUUCAGAGGGAACUGCAGGUGGCUAACAGGACGAUGCCAAUCCUGGAUUUGGAAGGCGAUGGAACCAAAAACGCAGCAAGGAACAUUGAUCGAGAUUUUGGCGAAGAGAGCUCAAAAGAAAGUACCACUCGUCGUUAUCGGUUUUCUAAAUUUUCCUCAGACGUUAGAGGUUAUAGGAUCUACUCUCUGGAUGACCUCUAUAAUCAAUCGAAGAGAAAGAUUUUAAAGAAGCUGUGGAUGAAAUCCUUUAUAAAACAGCCAGGAAACUUGCUACAGAUUUCGGCUCAAACGGCGGGAGGGGGGCCAAUCAGCCAUAAUAGCAUAUCCAGUUCUUCAGUAAUCGGAUGUAAAACGCCUCUACCGAGGAUACCUUCUUCGGGACUCGCUUAUUAG